AUGGCGUCUUUAGGGCUGCAAAUUCUGGGCGUCGGGCUGGCGGUGCUUGGCUGGAUUGGAAACAUACUGAUAUGCAUGCUGCCCCUGUGGAAGGUGUCUGCUUUCAUUGGAAACAACAUUGUGGUGGCUCAGACCAUCUGGGAAGGUCUGUGGAUGAGCUGCGUGGUGCAGAGCACGGGACAAAUGCAAUGCAAGGUGUAUGACUCCUUGCUGGCCCUGCCUCCAGACCUCCAGGCCGCUCGAGCUAUGGUGGUCAUCGCCAUCCUGUUCUCUCUGUUCGGCCUGUUGCUGUCUGUGGUUGGAGGGAAAUGCACCACAUGUGUUGGAGACAAAGUUUCAAAAGCCAGAGUGGCCAUCUCCGCAGGUGUUUUCUUCAUCCUGAGUGGGGCUCUGUGUCUGGUGACGGUGUCUCUGCCUGCUAAUACCAUCAUAAAGGACUUCUAUAACCCAAUGGUUCCUGAUGCCCAGAGGAGGGAGCUAGGUGCCUGUCUGUACAUGGGCUGGGGAGCAUCUGGACUACUGCUGAUCGGUGGGGCUCUUCUCUGCUGUCAGUGCCCAUCGGGACGAGACCGCUACAGUGGAGCAAAGUAUUCCCCGCCUAAGUCAACAACACCCGGGAAGGAAUUUGUCUAGUUUGCUGCACAACAUUUAAAGCAGGACAUUUUGAAGAGCACUGAAAUUGACAUACUGUCCAAACCUGUUUUCUUAUCAAGUUGUGAUUUGAAUGGUGACUAACUUUUUUUAAACUAACACACUGUAGCCUUUUGUUUACAAGAGACCUUAUGUGUCAUGUUACUAUGCUAACACAGUAUUGAAACAUGAGGUAUAAUUUUAGUCGGGUUAAUUCAUAUCUUUUUAAAUUGUAUAAAUGUUGUGCUAUAAAUGUCAUUUAAAAAACUAAUAAUUAAAUCAGUCAGGAUAAAACGAUCCUGAUGAGCCAUCUAUGUAUUUCUGCAACAUAAGAGUC